GUGGAAAGUACAAUCCCCAGAUAGGUACCUCGCUCUUUGAGAGGUACCAGGUCGCAGACAAUCAGCUCUACCAUGAGCAUGAUGCCCCCUGACCCAAGACCUUGUACGGUACGGCCUGCGAUCAUAGUCGUUGUGUUCUUCGCACCUCCAGCAAUGCCGCUACCAAGCGCGAAAAUCAUGACUGUGACAAUCAUGGGCCACCGCCGACCGAAGAUGUCGCAAAGCUGUGCGAACGUAGGCUGGACAACGGUUUGAGCCAGUAGAAAGCAGUUGGCGACCAGAACGUAUUGAUCCUCAGACGAUAGAGCCGACGAUAUCUCCGCAAGGGCGAUGGCGAUGAUGGAGCCAUCGAGAGACGAUGUAAAGGCGAUCGAACAUAGUGACGCGAUGACUAACCAAAAAAUUGUUUUCACCGUGGGAGCAUCGCUCUUCUCUGCGAUAGUGUAUGUGUUACACAUUGGCUAUCAACGACGCUCCCGGAUCUACCGCUUGCGCAAGCAAGGCGUGGCAAUGCCCCCUGGUUGGAGUUGGUGGUUCGGCCACCUUCGAGUCCUGCACCAGAAGCUGCAACAACUACCCCCCGACGCAAAUGUCUACAUGGCCAUGGAAGAUAUGGUCUCAGACCACGCCGACGCCGAAGUCUUCCUCAUGGAUCUCUGGCCAGUUUUUGCGCCCACGCUCAUGAUAUCGAGUCCCGAAAUCGCAAUGCAGGCCUCGGUGAAAUAUGACUUACCCAAGCCCCGUGACCAUCUUAUCACGAUGAAUGAGCAGCAGUGGAAGAUGUGGAGGUCGCUGUUCAGCUCCGGGUUCAGCGCGGGACAUAUGCUUAGCCUGGUCCCGACGAUCGUGGACUCGGUGGAGGUGUUUUGCGAGAUUUUGAGGGAGCGCGUUGAUAAGGGUGUGUUCCAGCUAGAUGAUAUGGCGGCGAAUCUGGCGAUGGAUAUCAUUACGAAGACGACACUUGACACCGAUCUGAACAACCAGCGUUCAGAGCACGAGAUUUCUCACGCCUUGAAUACGAUACUGGACUGGCAUUCGUUCUGGGGCCCGCGGAUUCUACUCAACCCGUUGAGGCCAGUCGUGCAAUGGUAUUACGGCCGCAAGCGCUUCGAAGAGAUGAAGCGCGAGACAGCCACACCCACUUCGAAUGCGGACCGCCCGAAGAAAGCAAAAUCCGUCGUUGCCCUAGCACUCGAGCAGUACAUCGCGUCGCAGAGCCACACAACCAGCCUGCCUGACCUCCAGCUCGACACCUCCUUCGCCGCCAUCGCCUCCAACCAGAUCCGCCUCUUCAUCUUCGCCGGCAACGACACCACCGCCGCCACCAUCGUCUACACAUACCACCUCCUCUCCCUCCACCCCUCCGCGCUGUCCACCCUCCGCGCCGAACUCGACUCCGUCUUCGGCACCUCCGCCCCCGUCGCGCCCCAACUCCGCGCGAACUCCGCCCUCCUCAACCAAUGCGCCUACACCCUCGCCGUCAUCAAAGAAACGCUGCGGCUCUACCCGCCCGCGUCGUCGCUGCGGGAGGGCACACGCGCCGUCUCGCUGGUAGACAGGAACGGCACCGCGAUUCCCACGGAAGGCCUGAACGCAACACUGAUGCACCGCUUCAUCCACAGCAACGCGCGCGUGUGGCCGCGGGCCCUAGACUUCCUGCCGGAAAGAUGGCUCGUCGCGCCGGGGCACGCGCUCCACGUGCCUGCGGCGCGCGGCGCGUACAGGCCGUUUGAGCUCGGCCCGCGCAACUGCAUCGGGCAGACGCUGGUGCUGAACGAGUUGCGCGUGGUGCUGGCCAUGACGGCGCGAACGUUCCACGUUGCACCGGCGUACGAAGAGUGGGAUGCCAUCUGCGCUGCGAACCAGGGCGUAGCGCGGACGCUGGCGACGAAACUUGGGUUGACCAGGGAUGCGCCGAAGCCCCCGCGAGGGGAGAGGGCGUAUCAGACGUCCAGGUCCGGGGCGCAUCCAGCGGAGAGGUAUCCUUGUCGGGUGACUCUGGUGUGA